CGACAGUUUCUUAUAAUACUUUCACCUUCAAGCUAUUCUCGCAGUAAACGACAAAACGUGCGUGUGAAUAUAUCGAUGAAACAAUCCAUUCGACUUUUCAAUCUCGUAAUGAAACACUUAAUCAUAACCGCCGCUUUAAUUAACAUUUGCUUGGCGGACGUAUCGCAUAUUUUGGGAUACUCGACAACGACGCCACUACCACCUCCAAAACCGUAUAGUUUCCAAUACAAGGCAGGACGAUAUCCAGGACAUGUCGAUCGUGUUCAUCAAGAAACUGGAGAUGGACAUGGAAUUAUCCACGGAACUUAUUCGUACAUUGAUCCAAAGUACAAAGUGCGAACAGUAGAAUAUACGGCCGACAAAAACGGAUUUCAUCCCGCUUUAAUCAACUUUGAGGAUGCUUUCGCUCAACCUGCCGAUUCGGAAGCUGUAAAACUGGCCAAGGAAAAACAUUUCCAUCUUUAUCACAGGAUUGCAGAGGCAAAUGCUCAUAACGUUCCAAUAAAUUUGCCGCAAGAUUCAGCGAGCGUGGCAAAAGCGAAGGACAAACAUAAUGAAUUGUAUCACAGAAUCGCGGAGCAACACGCAGCAAUCGCCGCACAAAGGGAAGCUGAACGACUGGCUUACGAGGCUACUUCCGUUGCCAAUAACGUAGACGGUCAUUAGACGUGUUAAUGCAUCCCUACUGAAAAAAAUUACGCGACAAAAUCACAUGAUAAAAUCACUUAAUGAAAUGUUUCAAAUCAGUACGUGAUUUUUGAAAAUCAUGUGAUUUUUGAAAAUUACGUAAUAUUAAGAAAUUACACAAUUUUUUUUUUUUAAUUAGAUAAAUUUACAUAUGGUAAUUUAUCUAAUAUUUUAAAAAUAAUAUAAUUUUUUAAUGACACGUGAUUUUUCAAACCUUGUAAUUUUCGAAAAUUACAUACAGGUUUGGAACAUUUCAUUACGUGACUCGUUACGUGAUUUUACCAUGUGAUUUUGUCACGUGAUUUUUUUUUAUUAGGAAUAUUUUAUGCACAUGUUGGCAUUACGAAUUAAUAUUCGGCGCGUAUAUACAUAUAUCAUAUGCUUUAAAAAAAAAUUGAACUUUGUCUCUAAGACGCGCGUAAAUUCUUUUUUAAAAUACUUUUGCUCUCUCGUCUUUUAUUAUUUCAUCAAAUUAAUUUAAAUAGUAAAGAUGUGCUCGCGCAAGUAAAACUAAAAGUGAAAUAAUUGUUAAUUCUAUUAGAAUUAGUUCAAUUAAUGAGAUAUGUUGAAUCAUAGAAAUAAUUAUGCCAAGGUCAAAUGAUCUAAUAAUUGUAUAAGUAAUCAAUAAUCUAAUAAUUGUAUAAAGACGCACGCUAUGGAAAUGAGCUAAAUAAAGUUGAUUAAAAUCUGCAUGAAAUAUAAAACUGAUAGGAAUUUGCAACCAUAAAACAAAAUUUAACAUAAUCAUAAAACGUUCCAUAUAUGCAAACAUGCUGUAACAUGGAAAUAAACGUCUAUAAAUGCAAUAUAUAAAUAACAAGUUAUAAAUUUUGUGGUAGCAGUAUAAAAUCAUUGUGUAACUCUAUUGCGCAGUAUGUUUACUGUUUUAUCUUCUAAAUCCCAACGAAUAACAAAGCAAAAUGAUGCUAAUAAUUGUUACACAUUGUUUUCUUUUUAUACCUACUUGUUUUUUCGCCUGUAAUGAUCCAUUUAGACGAUUGUGCACGUGCGAGCAGAUAUGGUCGAGUUUGAAAAUCUUUAUUAUUUCCGGAAGUUCCGGAAGCACCUAUUGUGCAAAGAAAAACAUUUUCGAUGAAAGAUACGUAGAGCAUAAUAAAUAUAUAUAGUACAGCAUGAUAAUAUAAAAAGGAUGACAGCGUGUACGAUAUUAGUUGGAACAAAUAUUCCAGUGAAAGAUGAAGUUCGCCAAAGUACUCUGUUUAUUUUGCAUGUUCAUCGCGGCGACGAUGGGCAUGAGCAUCGGAAAAGCUGUUCUUGCGAAUGACAAAGUAGCUUGUUUCCCGCGUACUACCACAAUGUCCUCCGGGUAGAUGAGAAUCUGUAUACAUAGAUAACAUCGUAAUAAGAUGGCAACAUUAAACUACAGGACAGAUCUAAAGAUUUACAGAGAGCCUAAAAGAAAUUUGAGGAGAAAAAAAUUUUAAUUUGACUAAAUAUAUAAAUAUCUCUAUAUUGUAAUUUUUAAAAUAUAUAAAGCACAAUGUAAAAAUAAA